AUGUCGGCACGAGCAUUGGGGAGGACCACCCGAAGCAAAGCUGGUCAUGGACCGGCGCGGUUCAUCUCCAAUAUCUCCCAACGGAGCCCACUCGACGUCGAGGAAAUCAAAGCUUUUGACCGUUGGACCGCUUCUCCAAAGCGCUUUUCGCUGGAAGCCAGCCUUCAUCCUGACCACCUGUCUGAUUUGUUUAUCACAUUGCCCACACGGGAUGGUACCAGGAAGCCGUUCGAAACCCCACGCAUCUCAGCGGACCUACCAUACGGCCAUCAUCUCGCGUUCUUCCAUGCACGUCGACCUGAGUCGCUUCUACGGGCAGACGGAACAGACGAGGACGCUUCACCUCCUGCACCAUUUUUAAGAAGAAUGUGGGCAGGUGGCAGGAUUAAAUGGGAAGAAAAUAACCCUCUCGUAAUUGGACGGAAGGCAACGGCGACGUCUACGAUUACCUCGGUUGAGAAGAAGGGAUUUGAUAAGGCGAACCCAAAAGUGUUUGUCACUCAAACUAUUGCACUUUCCGUUGAGGGCGCUGCAAAGCCAUCCAUCACUGAAGAAAGAGAUCACGUAUAUUUUCCAAUAUCUGCCGAAAAAGGUGAUAGAACCCCACGAGCAGUCGCAAAUGUUCCUGCUUCCGUAGACUUUUCGUUUCAGUACAGACCGACUCCCGUCACAUUGUUCCGGUUUUCGGCACUGACGUUUAAUGCACAUCAUAUUCAUCUUGAUAAGGAUUACACACUGAGGGUGGAAAAGUAUCCCGAACGGUUGGUGCAUGGGCCAUUGACCGCACUGAUGCUCUUGGAAACAGUUGUCUUUAACCACCCCAAGGUUCGGAUACAGACGUUCGAAUACCGUGCUACGAAUCCUCUCUUCGUUCACCGGAAUUUGACCAUCAACGGAGUCUGGACCAGCGAAUCCGUCGCUAAGCUGUGGUGUGUCGAUGAAGAUGGCGUGGUGGGAAUGACGGGCCUGGUGAAUGUGCUUUGA